UGAGGACAGAGGCAGGGUGACGGGGACUGUCCCUGCGGCCGUCACUACCUUUGUGGCCGUCGGGACUUCUCUGCUAAAGCGACUGCAAGACCAUGAGGGUGACCGAGUGGAGACGUACCGGGAGCUGGAGAGCGUCUUGUGGGGAGACGACGGCUGUUUGACGAGUGGCGUUGUGAACCGCCUGAUAGCAGAGGCGCUGAGUGACAUGCGAGCGGCCCAGGGUGUGACAGGUGACGUGAAGAUGGCCGCGAGUGACGUCCUGGUAGCUCUGGCCCGCUCCCACUUCCACUUUGUCAUGUCGGAGCUCCAGAGCCACCUGAAGGCCAUGAGGAAGGUCCCUGAUGAGAUUGUGCUCCUCACCUUGGGCAAAAUGGCCCACAGAUAUGCCCUGCGGUGCAUCCCCUUUGUGGGAAUGACGCUGCUCGCCCUGCGCGCCGUGCUGACCCAGGUGGGGAGCGGCGAGGUCCUGCAUGCCGUCUGCAGUGUUCUGGAGCAAUGGUCGAAAGGAGUCCAUACAUACUUGUGCAGCUGGGAGCAAUGCCCCUUCCCUCGCAAGGGGGUGGCACAGUUCUGUGAAGCCAUUUACCCGGUCUUCCGCUAUGUGGUGGCAAAUUGGCUGGACUGCAAGGAGGAAGAGGACAAGCAGGCUGUCCUCGGGGCAGUGGCUGCCAUGCUGGGGGUCCUUCUGCAUGAGGAGCAGCACCAAGAGCUGGCAGGGCAGAGCAGGGCGUUCCUCCGCUGGGACCUUCCUGCAGGCCCGGAGCACGCCAGGACUUCGAUCCAGUCCCUCUCAGCACUGAUGCCACUUUCUCUAAAAUGGACCUUGUUCCCACAGCUCUCUGAUGUGACCAAGGAGCCUGGCCUGGCCCAGAAGGCAGUGCUGUCCCGCUGCAUCAUGCUGCAGGCACGAAUGCGCCCCGAGGAGACAGGCAUGUUUCUGCACUCCCAGCUGAGCGGUGGGAGUGAGGCCGGUCGCGUGGCAGCCCUGGGCCUGCUGGGAGUGCUGGCCCACUCUGACGCACCUGCGGCGAGAGGGAAGCUGCCCCAGGUGGUGGAGGCCAUGUGCUCGUUGUGCAGUGACCCCAGUGCCCAGGUGCGGAGGGCAGUUCUGGAGUUCAGCAGGGAGCUGCUCAGCUCCGGAUCCCAGAGCUGCUGGCCAUGGGAUGUGGUGGGGCACAUCUUCAGCGAGUUCAGCCGGACCUCGGGCAGACUGGUGGCAGGAGGCCUUUUUGCCUGGGAAAACCCAGAGGAUAAAGCAAUUCGAGCCCUGUGCAUGGACAUCCUGGGCUCCCUGGACGUCACUCUGAGAGGGAUGACCAAACUCCUGUGGCCGAGGCUGCUGCAGUACGUGGUGCCAGCCCAGUACAGCGGCAUGCUGAUCCCGCUCUCCCGCUGUGUCCGAGCCCUGGUUGAGAGACGGGAGAGAGCGGGGUGCGAGGAGGAGGAGGAGGAGCCGGAUGCCAUGGACUCCCAGGAGCAAGCCCGGCUGCCGGCUCCCCAGGCCCUGCUGGCUCGACUGCUGGUGGUGGCGGCAGCUCCUUACCCGAGCCGCGAACGCGCAGUCGCUGCCUUGCAGCUGCUGCAGGCCCUCCACGGCAGGAUCCACAGAGGCUUGGGGGUGGCGUGGGCGACCGAGAUCCCCCUCCUGCUGCAGUACCUGGAAGGCAGAACUGAGAGCUCCCUGGCCUCUGCAGAGUGGGAGCGCUGUGUGCUUAAGUUUCUGCGAGCGUCGCUGGAGCCCGUCGAGGACGAGGCCUGGACCGUAGGCCUGAGCCAGGAGCUGAGCCAGCGGCUGGGCAGCUCUGCUGCCGGCUCCUGGGAGAAGCUUUUCCUGUACAAGGCUCUUGGGACGGUGCUGGCAGCUUGUCAGGACCUCAGACACGUCCAAGGGCAGGUGCUGAGGUUCCUGCGGGACACAAACCCUGUGGAGCUGUCUGAGGCCAAGGGAAUGAUUUCUGUUGUGUCCCACGCUGCCGAGAGCCACUUCCACCUGGUCCUGGGCACGGUGACUAUGUUCUCUGCCACUUUCACCAGAAACUGGUCCUACCAGGCUUCCACGGGCUGGAAGAAAGGUUCCAGACAGCUCCCCGACCUCUCGAGUCAGUGGUAUAACAGCCGGCAGCGUGUGCGAUGCUGGCUGCACCUCCUCCCUCUCCAAGAGAGAGAACUCAAGCUGCGGGGUGGGAACAACUCCCAGCCCCAGCCCUCGCAGCUUGAGGAGUGGCUUGGGGAGCUGCUGGGAGGUGCUGGGGGAAACAAGGAGCUGGCGAGGGUACAGCGGCGGCAGAAGAUGGAGAGAACCCAGACCAUUCGUGCUGCUCUCAUGCGCACCUACGGCGGCAUCGCACUGCACGCCCCCAAGGAGCAGCUGCUCACCUGUGUGGAUAAAGACAUCAUGGGCAACAUCCUGAGGCUCUCCAGAGAUAAACAGAGGGACUUGCAGCUCAAGCUCGCCCUGGUGCAGAGCAUCGCCGAGGUCAGUUGUGCCAUCCAGGCUGUGGGCGACUGCGGCAGCUUUGAGCUCUCCUUAAAGCAGGAGGCGACGCGGACCCUGCUGGCCUGGAUAAAGAGGGAGCCCUGGGACUCGCUGGUGUAUGGAGUGUUUCAGGCCCUGGAGGAGUUGAGCAAGCUGAGGCCGCCUCUGAGCGGGAAGGAAAAUCGCAACCUGCUGGCAGUGUGCUGCCAGAGUGUUUUGUCCCAUCCUUCCGAGGAGCGGAUGAAAAAGGGAAGGAAGAGUGUGAGGGCAGCUGUGAACAUGGAGCUUCUGCACAGGAGAGGCAUGGAAGAUCUGGGCCACCUCAUAGAAACCCUUCUGGAGGCUGAGGCGACCUCUGCCUGCUUUGACGACGUGGUCCACGUCCUGAAGGGCUGGCUCACCUCAGCCAAAGAAUGGGAGCGGGAGAGAGCCCUGCAGGUUUUCACCCACGUGCUGGGCGCUUGCAAGGAGCGAUGCGAGCUCAUGGUGAGUAGGGACCCUCCGCGUGCCCUGGUGCCCCCUUCCCACCAUUCGUGGCCCUGGAAAGGAGCCCUGCCCGGCUGGGUGCUGGGUUUUGGGGCCCCUGGGAUUACGGGGCAGCCCUUCUGCCUGCCCUUCUGCCUGAGAGGAUGUCCCUACAAGCACUUCGGCUCCCUGGUGGGACUGCUGGGGUCUCUGACCAGCGACUGCCUGGCCACGUGCCGCCAGAGGGUAUGGGUCUGCCUUGGCUACCUUCUCCAAAUGCAAGCCAAGAGAAUGAAGGUGCCGCAGACAGAUGAGAUCUGGUGCCUUUGUGAGGAGCUGAACAGCCCGCACACCGAGACUUCGGCAGAGACCUGUACCGAAAUAACAAAGGCUGUUUGCAGAUGCAUCCCUGCAGCACAGGCUGUGGACUUUCUGACUGCCGUCCUGGGCAGCUUGCUGCAUGUCAUGCCCCCAUGUGCAAGAGCAGUGUGGAAGUGGGUGUUCGUCUUCCUGGUGGAAUGCAGAAAGGAAAUAGUCCAGGAGGUGCCAAAAAUCUUGGACACCCUUUACAGCUACAUGCAGCAGAGCACCCACAGGCCCUUCCUGCUCCAUGCAGUGUUUCUCCUCACCCGCUUUCACCAGGAGCCCGUAAUCAGCAGUCUCCUCCAGAAGAGUCUCUUCAUGGACAGUGACACGGUGGAGCUGUGGAGGAGCCUGGGGAGAAGCAUCCUUGGGAUUCGGAUCCUGAGGUGCUUAGCGGAGAAACUAAACAGAGCAGGAAACGACCGCCCGGGGACGGGCUCCUCCACUUGUGAGCGGCACGACCGUCAGACUGCUCUGGAGACUCUGACGAUCACCUGUGCCAUCUCCGAGGUGGUGCUUGCCCUGAGGAGCACGGAGGAGCUCAGGCAACUGCUUCCCCACCUCCUUCCCAGCCUCCUGAGGUGGGCCAGUGAAAUGCUGGGUGAGGAGAGGCUGCUUUUGCUCAUGAGCAGCUGGGGAGAACUGUUCCUCGAGUGCCAAAUGCACGUGGAGAAGCCGUGCAGGGUUUUCCUUUCAGCUCUAGAGUUGGUGCUGGGCAAAUGCAUGGCGCAGAAAUGGAUGCAGCUGCUCGUGAAUUGGGCAGUGUGGGCUCGCCUGGAAGACCCCCUGGCUCACCCUGAGGGGGUGUGUCUCCUGAGCAGGGUCCUGCUCCACGCUGGGCUCGUCUCCCCCUGUCUGGUGAAGAACCUCUUGCCGUGGCUGGAUUCCUGCUCAGUUAAACUGCGGGUGACAGCUACAGCUUUCUUUACGAACCCUGGCCCCUCGGUCAUCAGCAAGUGUCUGUGGGUGAACAAUCGAGUGCCCACAGAACAAAGACCAGAGAAUCAGAGCAGGGGCUCACCUGCAGGCAAUGCUUUUGUGCCCCUGGAAUUGAAGCAAGAGGAAUCCCAGCUCCUCUGGCUGUGUGGGGUGUAUGGGGGGAGCUGA